AGUCUUCUCAGCUGUUUACUCCACAGUCAGGUAUCCAUCCUUUUACCUAAGGAGCAAUAUCUUAGAAAAUCCGACUGCAGAGUCCAAGACCCCCCUGAAGGCCAACCCUAGACCCCCGCGCGGCCCCGUUUCUUCUCCAACAAGAUGAAAGAAACUAUUAUGAACCAGGAGAAACUCGCCAAACUGCAGACACAAGUGUGCAUUGGUGGGAAAGGAACUGCUCGUAGAAAGAAGGUGGUUCACAGAACAGCUACAGCAGAUGAUAAACUUCAGUUCUCCUUAAAGAAGUUAGGGGUAAAUAAUAUCUCUGGUAUUGAAGAAGUAAAUAUGUUCACAAACCAAGGAACAGUGAUCCACUUUAACAACCCUAAAGUGCAGGCAUCUCCGACAGCGGACACUCUCACCACUACAGGCCAUGCUGAGACAAAGCAGCUGACAGCAAUGCUACCCAGCAUCUUCAGCCAGCUCGGUGCCCACAGUCGGACUAGUUUAAGGAGACUGGCUGAAGCUCUGCCCAAACAAUCUGUGGAUGGAAAAGCACCACUUGCUCCUGGAGAGGAGGAUGACAACGAAGUUCCAGAUCUUGUGGAGAAUUUUGAUGAGGCUUCCAAGAAUGAGGCAAACUGAAUUGAGUCAACUUCUGAAGAAGAUAAUCUUGAAGAAGUUACUGGGAGCUGCUAUUUUAUAUUAUGACUGCUGUUUUCAAAUUUUGUUUAUGGAUCUGAUAAAAUCUAGAUCUCUAAUAUUUUUUAGCCCAACCCCCCUGGACAUUGCAGCUCUUUUCAGUUUUUGCAUAUACAUAAAUCAUUCUUUGCAGCUAAUUAAGCUGAAGAGGCCCGGGAAUAAAGUUUGAAACAGGUUAAUAAAGUUCUUUGCCUAGUAUAAAAAAAAAGAAAAGAAAAUCUGACGGCAGCUUCAGAAAAGGAGUAGAAGGGACCAGCAGGAUUAGGAAGAAAGGAAAGGCCAUCUAAGGGAAAUGUAAUAACUGGGAGGUGGAAUAACUCCUCUGGAUGUCUCCAUUUGGCUCAAGCCAAGUUGUGGGGGUUGGGGUCUCUCGACUUCUGAGGUAGG